AUGACGAACCAGCUAGCAUGGCUCCUGGUCACAGCAUUUGUGGCAGCCUCUGCCUAUCUUCUGGUUGUCCAAAAAGGCAAACGCGACAUUGUCCUCGAACGACUCCGCAUCAGCCGUCGAAGAGUCUCCGGCGCGAAGACCCCGCCCAGGUCAUUUUCACCGAGCAAGAAGCAAGUGCAAGGCCUCACCGAUCCUAACUAUGCAGACACAUUCCCUCCGUCCCGUCGACAUCUCUUGGAAGAGCUGAAUGGUUUUCCAUCUUCCGAGAAGUCGUUGGACGAGUCUACUUCUACACAGCCUGACCUGAGCGGUAACAUGGUUCCCAUGGAAACAUCGUACUUGGACGCAGAUGACUCGUUGUAUAUGCCUUCGCUUACCAAGAUGGAGCCAGACUGGUGGCUGGAGCUCGAAAGUACCUAUGCUGAACGCAUUAAGGAACGACAGAGUUUGUUGGCAAAACACGGAGAUGCGGUUCUACAAGCGCUUCCGGGAUCUGAGCUGGCAUGUAAAGAGUUGAUGGAGAUGUGCCUCCAGUUUCUGUGUGCCCGCCACCCUCAGUACUUCAAACUGGAUAAGGAAGAAAUGGUCUUCCACAACGACAUAUUGCAUACUGAGACCGACCUCCGCAAGACGCAUCCGCUCCACGUACUCUUCAAUAACAUACCUGAAGACUUCGCGAUAAUGCUGCGCGACGACAAAACUGGGUUCUACCUCUUCCGAGCAGGCAUCAUUUGCAGUUCACUAGGUUGGAACGUCGCCUCGAAAAUUGGCAUGCGACUACACGAGAUCCACGCACCUAUCCCUGACUACAAAGAGAAGAUGCAGUUCUCGAUGGACCGAUACUUCGCCAAGAAGCCGACCGACAAGCCUAUCCAGCGGGGUUCUUGGGGCCUGGAGGUCGACCAACCACUAUACAUGCCACCGGGUGAUCCACAUGAGAAACUCCGCGGAUACCAAAUGGACAACCUUGAUCUAUCACGAUGCAACCUCCGUGUUGACUGGCAAACGCUCCGCCGCCUACCACUUUCGGGUGCCGUAGUCUUCAACUUCAAGGCGCUCUUCACACCAGUCGAGGAAUUUCGGGAUGAGCCGUACAUACCAGGACUAUUGCUCAAAGUUUUGAACGAAGGAAAGAAAAGCUUGAUGGACUAUAAGAGCACAUGGCAUGUCGAGCAUGUCGUCAAGCCGGCGAUGGAGCGAUUCCACAAGGAGCAGGUCGAAAAGGGACUGGUGCCUGAGGAUUGGGAGCCGCAUACUUUGGAGGAAAGUCCAUGGUAUCCAGGAUGGGAAGAGAAGUGGCAUCGCCGCCAGGGCUUCUAA